AUGCCGGCCCUGCAAAGCUCCGGCACCCCGAGGGGUCCCCCGUGCCCCGCUGCGCCCUCGCUGGCGGCACCGGCGGUGCCCGGAUCGGGCGCGGCACGGGCUGUCCGGGAGCAUUGUGACCUCACGGCCGCCGCCGCCGCCCCGGUGCGCUAUAAAAGCGGGCGCGCCGCCCCCGCCCCGCGGCAGCAUGGCCCGCUACCGCCGGCGCUCCCGCGGGAGCCGCAGCCGCAGCCGCAGCCGCAGCCGCAGCCGGCGCCGCCGCUCCCGCCGCCGGGGCGUGCGCAGGAGGCGCCGCGCCUCCCGCCGCUCCCGCUACCGCCGGAGCCGCCGCUCCAGCCGCAGACGCCGCCGCCGCCGCUGAGCCGAGCAAGGGGCUCGGCCUCGCCCGGGCUGUGCCGCGGGGCUGCCCAUGCCAAUAAAGGCCUGCAAUGUCCACCAUCGCCCUCACCUCUCCAUGCUGCCCUCAGAGCCAUCAUCGCCCACACCUUCCCUGCUGCCCUCAGAGCCGCCAUCGCCCUCACCUCUCCAUGA